AUGGAAGCACAAGCACCGGAGGAAAACGCGGCCGCUGCUGCCGUGGACGCCGUCACCCAGAUGACCAACCGCUUCAGCGCCAUCAACACGAACGACGCCGACGCCGGUCCCCUCAAGCUCGACGACGUGGACGGCAACGUCUACAGCUGCAAGCACUGCCGCACGCACCUCGCCGUCGCCGACGACAUCAUCUCCAAGAGCUUCCAUUGCAAGAACGGCAAGGCUUACCUCUUCGAUAAGGUUAUCAAUGUGACCGUUGGAGAAAAAGAAGAUCGCAUGAUGAUCACAGGGAUGCAUUCCAUUUCUGAUAUUUUUUGUGUUGGCUGCGGAGAGAUUGUUGGAUGGAAAUAUGGGGCUGCAUAUGAGAGGAGCCAGAAAUACAAGGAAGGAAAAUUUGCUCUCGAUAGAGAAAGAGCGUACUGUAUUCAUCAAUCAGAAAUUUACAAUCGUUUUCAAGUAACUCCAUAG